AUGGAUCAUUCAAACAUUCGAACAUUCAAAAGACCACUUGAUAUCCCAACAAGAGAACAACUUGCGGCUAUUUUCAAUCCACCUAAACGACUGAGGAAUACUCAAUCGUUGGAUAGCCCAUCAAUACCUAGAGGAACGCACUAUGUUAACGAUGAAAAUGUGCCGACAAGUUUCAAUAUGUCGUCAACUAUCAGACAAAAUAAUUUAGAUGCAAAUGGCAAGCACCCCCAUUACCUCCCCCCAUUCGAUCAAAAUCAACUGGAAAUUAAAAAUAACGCACCUUUAUUAAACUCAGUUCCACCUGAUAUCGUACCUAUUGUCCAUCCACCAGCAAUCACAUCGGAUUUUUUCACUGAUGUCACUACGGAUUUAAGUAAUGAAAACACUGCCGAACAAAUUUAUGGUAUUCUCAAGAAAUUUCCGCCACCUAUACCACCUCCGGCACCACUACCAGAAAUCUAUGGCGAUGUAAGUGAUGAUGAGAGAGGUGGAAUCAUGGUCCCAUUCAUUUACCCACCACCGCCCGUUGUCAAUAUUGAUAAAUUACCAUUCUCGUUAACCCAAUUUAGACGAAAAUUUCAAAAUUCUAUUAAUGAAUUAGAAGAUCGUGAGAAUAAAGCAAAUGAUAGAGAGUCCCCUGAGAAGAACCAAACGAGAGAGGGAAGCUCUUUCCUGUCGAAAGAGAUUGAUAAGCAACCACUUGCUGAUACCGAAGGACAGGUACAGAGUGAAUGUGAAUCAAAAGCUGCCAGUGCUGCACAUCCACCCGCUCCAGGCCCUGCAAAAAGAGGAAGAAAACCAAAAAUAAGACCUGAACAAAUUCAAGCAAAAAAAGAGGAGGAAGAGGCAAAAGCAAAAGCAAAAGCAAAGGCGGGGAUCGAAGCUGAAGUAAAAGAAAAUGAACGAAAACAAAGUCUUCAUCCAGCAGCACCUGCAGAUGGCAUGAGCAACGAAAAGCGUGACUCGCAAUCAGCACAGCCUAACAAUACAAGCGCUGUGGCUGGAGCUGGUCCUGUUGAAGAAAAUGACCGUUAUGUAUAUGUGCAAGCACCUCCAUUGCCGUUUCCUCCAGCAAAUUAUAUGGCUUAUCCAUUGUCAGCCCAAAAGUCCUCCUUGGUUCCGGAUGAUGUAUUUACUUCGCUACUUGAAGCUAAUGAAGAGUUGCCACGAGUAGACAUGGUAGUGGCUAGUGCCGCAGGUUCACUUUUCGACUUGAGAAAGGAAGCAUUGGAGAAGGGAUUGACGAGGGAUGAUUUUGAGAGGCAAAAAUUGCAAAAGGAAGUUGUUGAAAUAUUUCUGGAUGACAGUAGUGAUGGCGAUGUUCCGACUGAUAAUGAACGGUAUAGUAAUGAGGAUUAUUAUUCCAAAAUUGAUGACGAAGUUUAUCAAGAUGUUUAUCAAGCACAAUGGCCAAAGGUUAAUAUUUUUAACAAACUGCAUGCCGAUCCUCAGUACUCUAAGGUGAACUCGCAAUUGAGCAAUGUUAAGAAUAAGCCGAUUGUUGACGAUAAGCAGGAUUUGGAAGAUGUUUAUUCUUAUCCCUUUGAAGCAAUGACUGGUUUGGAGAGAAUUGAUAGGCUGAAUGUGUUUCCCGCUCAUUCCCAAGACUUCCUACUAAGCACAGGCACAUUGAAGGAGAAACGAAGAAAAAACUUGCGUACUCAUUUGGAAAACAUUGAAGAAUUUGAACAGAGGAAUCGUGAUGAUAUCUAUCGCGCCAAGAAGUAUAAGCUUUUACAACGAAUUGAUAAUUUACAUGCAAGCAAGAUCCAUUUUAGAAAUUCAGUAAUUCGUGAUGAAGAAUUGAAGGAAACCCAACAUCGAUUAGAGAUUGAACGUGAUUAUGAAUUAGUAAAGUUGAAAUUAUUUGAAAAAUAUGAAUUAUUGAAAAACUCAAUGAUUUUUUACGAGGAUUCAAACAAGGUUUAUAAACAUUUGAAUAUGAUUUUGAUCAACAGGUUGGAGAAGUUGAAGAAUUUUUUUGAAUAUCAACAUGAGUUAUUCACUCAUAUGUUGGAACAGCUGAACCGUAGUGGUGGUGGAGCUGAUGUGUUUGACAUCUCGAAUAAAAACUCAUCAAAAUUAUUCCAAGGGAUAUCUCACGCGAAUGAAGACAAGUCUAUUUCUGCUGCAUCGUCUUCUUCUGAUGAAGCUAAUGGUGAAGCUGGUGGCCAGUUGAAGCAUGCAAGUGAGUCUGAUAAACUAUUAAAUGAAAUGUUGAACUCGUCAUCCAAAUUUGCUCUAGUUCAUGAUUUCAUGCCAUUGAUUACGCAAGAAGAAUUUAAUAUAAUUACUAGUGAUGUCCCCAAGAAGCUUAAGCCAUCAACAUCAACAAAGAUGUCAAUGAAGCACCAAAUUUUUGCUAAUCCAAUUUAUGAUCGAUUAAUGACUUCUGGGUCUGAUACCAAUGCCAGUGAUUCAAAUGCUACUGGGUUCAAGAGCGGUUCACCACAGCCACAACUGCUGCAACCAGGACCAAAAAGAAGAGGUAGACGUGCUGCAACUGCUGCCACUGCUACUACUACUACUACCACCGGUCAAUCCAAUAUCCCUCCUUCUUCGUUAAAUGGUACUGCUAGUGCAAUGAAUAGAUCCGCAGGUGGAUCAUCAUUGACAACAACAGCAACAGCAGUAGUAGCACCAACAAUGCAAAACACAUACAUGAGAGAUUCAGUAGCUUUUAAUCAUCGAUAUACUGAAGCUGGAUUGUUAGCCAAGAUUACUAAACAAUUUUAUGGUCCCCAGCUGGCUAAUUCAGAUGAAUUGAAUCAUGAUUUACAGUUGAUGGGUAUAGAUUCGAGAUGGCCAGUAGGGAAGUAG